AUAAAGAACAAACUGCAAAUCAACGCAGACCACUACGAUAAUGACCACGCUCGCCAGUCAUAUAUCGAGUUCCGUCUAGCCGGAAAGGCUUCCCAUCAACUGGAACCCUACUUGGAAGAGCGCCAUCCCAACCAGAUCAACACAUCUGAAGGCCUGCUAACAUGGCUCAAGAACGAGUUCCGCAACCUUAACCGGGAGGAAGAGGCGAUGGACGAGUUCACCACUCUCCAGAUGAAGCCAGGAGAUGACUAUCAUACCUUCCGUAACGAAUUCGUACGCCUAGCAGGAGAGUGCCGACGACCACGCUCUGAGUGGAAGAAGAAGUUCAAACGACGCCUUACCCCUGCCAUGCAG